AGGAGGGAAGGUUCAAGGAACUGACGGCCAACGGCAGCCUGUCACCAGCCACGCUUGCGCCACAGCCCGCGCCACUAUGCGUUCUCCUGUUUUCCCUCUUCGCUCACUUCUUUGAGAGGUCAUCCAGCAUGCGAGACCUCCCACUCUCCAAUACCAGCGAUCAACAAACAACGUCCAAGACCCGCACGUUAGCUCCUACACCCAUGUCAUCCCCACCCCCCACCCGUCCCUCAGCCCCAACCCCGCGCGCCGCCAAACGGUCCCUCACAACCGACGCGCCCACAUCGCCCACCGCGAAACGACAGAAAAAACAAAAUAAAGUCAGCAACACCCUCCCCAUCAGCCGAGGGAAGUUCAAAAACCGCUUCCUCCGUAAACAUUCCUCGUUGCUGCAUGGGACGCGGUCGGACGGCGCUGAGAAGCCGCGUGGGUUGAUUGUGACGUGUCCGGUGGGGGCCGAGACGAGGGCUUUGGGCCAAAUACGAACCUUCCUCGACACCUACCUACCCAUCCUCUUCCCCGACCACGUCACCGUAUGGCCCAGUCAGCCAGCACCGCUUGACAUAGAUUUAGCAAUCGUCGGGGAAGGCACCACGAGGCCGGAUUUCUACGGUGCUGUGGAAAAUUCAAAAAGCGAUGUGAGGACGGGAGAGGUGGACACGGACGCGGAUGAGGAUGAGGUGGAGGAUGAGAGGAGGGCUGAUGAUGCCGACAGGACUGUGAUAGAGGGGAAAGGAAAGGAACGGGAGAAGGAUAAGAAGUUCCAGGCGGUGGAUGCUGCGUGUGCGGGGUUGAUUUUCAUCCGGUUCAGGGUGGAUACCGACCCGGUGGAUUUCGUUGUCCGGUUGUUUGAACACAUCGAAUCCCUCCCGCCCGCCGAACAAGCAGCACUGAAAAAGGGUAUCUCUCAUUGCUCGCGUCUCCUGCCCGUAACCCACACAAUGCCCUCAACCUACCCCGACAUCCGCUCCCACCUUCAAUCCACCCUUCCCACGCUCCUCGCCGCACACCAACCCCCGCAAUCAUCCCCCCCAACAAUCCCAACCCUUGCAGUCAUCUCCGAAAUCCGCAACCACAACACGUUCAAAACCGUAGCUUUGCGGGAUGUCAUACUCGAAUGUGUUGGGGCUGACGCGCUUGCGUCAGAGUCCAAGACAGAAGCGACAGAGGAGGGAGCACAACAACCGACAUCAGGCCACUGGAAAAUCUCCCUCACGAACCCCGACGUCGUCAUUUUCGCGAAUGUCUUCAAGUCGGUGUGCGGAGUUGCGGUGCUGCCGAGGUAUUUUGCGUGGAGGAGGUAUAAUGUGCAGCUUAUUGGCGAGGAGAAGGUUAGGGACGUUAAGGAUGGUGGGAAGGAGGGGGCGGGGAAGUGAGGACGAGCAGCAGGGCUUUCGUGUGCGCGGAGGGAACGCCUGUAGGUCUACCGACGGCUUUGUAGAUGUCAGAUUUUUUGGAAGUGGGAUGGGAGUAUAGGUCGUGGGACACAUGUUGUAACGAAAUAAUAAAAGGAAAACCCCUUCCCAGCAGCCUGGGGGCGUCAAAAAGAUGGAAAUUCUUGC